AGCUGAAACUGGUGCUAGACAGAAACAGAUUACUAGACACAGCGCCAGGAAGCGGGAAAAAAACAGAUAAAGCUAGUGAGCCAGCAAGCAUGGGAAAUCUCAGAUACGUGCUGCUCACGACUCUCGUGGUGUUCACGGUUCUCAACAUCCUCUCAGUGAACCUGUUCAACGCGUCAAAGUACGAUGCCAAGAUAGAGAAGGCGUUUAUUGAAGCGAAGGAGCUUCGUUCGAAGGGAACGUCGAAGGACGGGCAGCCUCUGGAAGAGGUGAAAAAUAGGCCGAUCAAAGAUCACAACGGGAACGUCAUGACAAAGCUAAAGUCGAAGGACAUUUACUCUCUAUCGACUACGCUUGACAGAUUGCUCUACAACUUUCCUUACAACAACGAAGAGGAGGUGGAGCAGAACAUAUACCAGAUGUGGAAGACUGGUGGUCUGGAUCCAGAGGCCGAAGGCUCAAUUCCGAAAGAGUGCAUAACUCUAGUGCAGAGAUGGAAGGAUGCCAACCCAGACCACGAGCACAAUCUACUUUCCAUCGCUGACGCCGAAGAUGCUGUGGCUGAUCUGUUGAGACCGACGGUGCCGGAAGUGGUGGACGCGUUGCGGAUGCUUCCCCACCCAAGGCUGAAGUUUGAGUUCUUAAAGUACCUUCUGCUCUACCUCCACGGAGGCGUCUACGCAGACAUCGAUACAAUCAACGUCAAGCCAGUGAAGCACUGGUACAAGUUGUCCAUGCUCUCGACCAAGGUCUGGCUUGGAAUCGACUCCGACAUGAACGACCCAACAUGGGCCGAGCAUUACGUCCGCCGUUUGUCCUUCAACAACAACAUAAUGCGAAGCAAGGCACACCACCCGCUUUUUGCCCGCUUAAUUGCCAGAAUCACUUUUAUCAUCUUCACCCAGAAGAGCCUGAUUGAAUCCAUCGACUGGAUCGCAGAAUACAACAACGUCGACGCUUCCGGCGCCCCGUUGGUGCAAUUCACUGGUACCUCUAUAUUAACAGACACUGCCUUCGAGUACAUGAAUAACGUUGAGAACUACGCUUUUUUCACUAACCUGAAAAAUAAAAAUUACGGCAAAGAAAACGCUGUCUUGACCAAACAAACCUUUGGUCCUGAAGUAGAUGAAUCCCAGAGAUUCUCCUACAAGAAAUUCACUCUCUUGAGCAGCCCUGUCCAGGUUUGCGACAUUGGUAUCUUACCUAAGAUCAGUUUCACUGGUCACGACUCUGCCGAGGUCGACUAUUUCGACGACGAAAAUGAGAAGAGAGGCUACGAAAAGUUCUACUACGGAAGAAGCAAAGAUUUAACAGAGUGGUCUCCUAGAAAACUCCGUUUGGACUCUAACUGAUAUACGCUCAGUUUCCCCUUAUAAACUCUCUUACUAUUACAUUAUAUACUAAUCUCUAGCUGAAUUCGGCUCCUUGUAACUCUACCUUAACCAGUUUCUAGCGUGAAUCGUAUCAUCAUCUCAAAUCCGUCUCAGCCCCAUCGGCCAAAAAAAAAGAUUCCUAAUUUAAUUAUUUG